AUCUUCCUAAUAGACCAUCUUUGUAUUCGGUCAGCUGACAUAUAAACGACUUAUGAAACAUCAGAAACUAGCCUAAUAGACACAGAGGUGUAAAUUUUGAAAGCGGAUACAGAGAACCGUGAAGUAUAACUCUUAAGUUAAUGUAACUAAAUGUAGGUAACCAAUGAAGCCUGCAACAACACACACAGCUCCGAUACAGACCGAUUGCGAAACAGAACCAAGUUCUGUGACUUCAGUCUGGAGCUGGUGGCCUUCCUGGCGUCCAACCUCCAUGUCCCUUUUAAAAACUACAGAGUCCAAGAUUCUUGCUUGUAUUCAGAAUGACCUAUGGGCUCGGUUUGUGACCCUGCCAAACCAGGAUAGAAUAUGGACUUUGACCCUCACCAACAAGGCGGUGCGCACACCUGCAGAACCGGCCCACAAGACUCCCCUGGUGAUGGUCCACGGCUUUGGAGGAGGGGUGGGCCUGUGGAUCAGGAACAUGGAUGCGCUGAGUCGGUUACGGCCUGUUUACGCCUUUGACCUCCUGGGCUUUGGUAGGAGCUCCAGGCCUUCCUUUCCCUCAGAUGCUGCCAAGGCAGAGGAACAGUUUGUUGACUCUAUUGAGCAGUGGAGACAGUCUGUAGGCCUGGAGAACAUGAUUCUGCUGGGACACAGUCUGGGGGGGUACCUGGCUACCUCCUAUGCUAUCCAGUACCCAUCUAGAGUGUCACAUCUUAUCCUGGUGGACCCCUGGGGUUUCCCUGAGCGACCCGAGACACAAACCCAAGAGGGUCAAGGACAGGGGACAGAAGUGGUGAAGAGGCCCCCCCUGCCGCGCUGGGUAAAAGCUAUUGCAGCGGUGGUUUCCCUUUUCAACCCACUAGCUGUCAUUAGAGCAGCAGGUCCAUGGGGUCCGGGCUUGGUGAACAGGUUCCGUCCUGAUUUUAAAAGGAAAUUCGAAGAUCUGUUUGAGGAUGACACUAUGACACAGUACAUCUACCAUUGUAAUGCACAAACCCCGAGUGGUGAGGUGGGUUUCCGGGCCAUGUCAGAGUCUCUGGGCUGGGCCAAGAGGCCCAUGCUUCAGCGGGUUCACCAGCUUCCCCCCUCUAUGCCCCUCACCAUGCUGUAUGGAGCACAAUCCUGGGUGGGCAGCUCGUCCGGGGACAAAGUGGCUCAGAUUAGGGACCAGGCCUACACCAAAGUGCUGCUGAUAGAUGGUGCUUCUCACCAUGUGUAUGCUGAUCAACCAGAGGAGUUCAACAGUGUGGUAGAAAAUAUAUGUAACUCUGUUAACUGAUUGUGUGUGUGUGUGUGUGUGUGUGUGUGUGUGUAAAGAUUCAGUCAAAUCAUGGGGUUAUGGUUUUGCUGGAUGGUUUUGUGUUGGGGCAUAUCAAGACAUCAUGUUGUAGCUCAACAUGACUUUGAAUGUUAUUUUGUUCUAAAUCCUGUUGUCAUAGUAACAGGUUAUCAAUAUAUUAUUGUAGUAAAGUUCUCUAGUCAUUUGUAAGCUGAAAUGUUUGUUUUUUCAAUUAAGGGUUGUAAGUAAAUGAUUUAUUUAUAACAUAAUUGAAUUUGUCAUACAGAUAAGGCAUUGAUCUUAAGUCAGUGCUAAAUUAUUUUGCCAAUUGUUAUAUUUUUUUAACACUAAGUGAGACACGCACACCACUCUGGAUGCACUGGGUUUAUGUGUUCUCAAAGAGACACAUGGCUACGGAUUCACACUGUUUUACAUGCCUAACAUGAAGUAUGAGAUAUUUCUUCAUUGAUCCCUGUAUUUCUUUAAAAUAUUUCUUCCCUGUAUAAAACAGCUGAUGGUAUUUUAUGCCUUGAAAACAAUAAAAGCUUAUUUGACAAACUGCU